AUUUGGACAGAUAAUGGAUGUACAUUGAAAACAACAAGUAGUUGUAGGUUUAAUAUCUUUGAUAAAGAAUUGGCUUGAAAGAGCUAUUUAUGGUGACAAGAAUUAAUAGGGUCAAAUAGAAGAAUCUUAUUAUUUCUUAAACUAUAAGCCUGGAAAUCUUGAAUUAUUGGUGGUGCAUUACUGUUGAAAAGUAAUGUUUUUUGUUAUCAUGUAUGGGAUCCCAUCUUUAGGGUUAGGGUUAGGACUGUGCGUUGACUCUUUGUGUUCUACUUAUUUGUUCCUUAUAUAAACAACAGUAAAACAUUAACAAUGAUAAGUUUUCACUGUUUCAUUUCUCUAAAAUCUCUUCAAGAUGGUAUCAGAGCCAGAACAUCUUCUCUGGUUCAUCUUCACUGUUUGUCACAGUGAUUGUCGUCAUCCGCUACUUGUCUGCCGUCUUCCGCCACCGUCUGUGUGUCGUCUGUUGCCGUCGUCGCUGGUGUGUCCACUUCGGCGAAGUCAGGGUUAGGUGCGCCUCGAGGAGUGUUCACCACACACUGCCUUCCCGGCGUCGGAAUCGUGCCCCGUCACUGUCGUUUGUCUCGUUGGAGCCUCCUGGGCCUAUUUCUGCUCUUGUUUCUCUGUUUCGGUGGCCAUAGCUUGAACCUAGGGUUUCUUCUCAAGAGUUGGGGUUUUUUUUUGGAAUGGCUUCUACGAGUGGAAUGUCAUCCUCUCUAUCAGCUACUCCUAUUAUUACCUCUGCAAAACUGAACUGGAAAAAUUACUCCUCUUGGUCAGCUUCGGUGGAGUUGUGGUUUCUUGGUCAAGGCUAUCAUGAUCAUCUUGAAAAAGAUGUCUCUACUAUUUCAGAGGAAGAGAAACCUAAGUGGUAGAAAUUGGAUUUGCAGUUGUGUGAUGUUUUAUGGCAAUCGGUUGAGCAAGGGGUCUUAGACAUUUUGAGACCUUACAAGACAUGCUUCUCUUUUUGGAAAAGGGCACAAGACAUUUUUGCUAACGACAUUCAACGCCUCUUUGAUACAACUCAAAGAGUAGCCUCACUCAAACAAAUCAAUGAUGAUAUGGUCUCUCAUAUAGGAAAGGCUAGGGCUGUAGUAGAAGAAUUAAAGAGCUUUUUUGUGGCUGAUUCAUUAGAAGAUAUCAACAAAAAACUCGAUAAGUUGUACAUGGUCUUAAUUUUGAGGAGUUUGCACUUGACUUUUGAUCAUGUACGUGAUCAAGUUUUAGGUGGUGAUCAAAUCCCUUCGAUGGACAACUUAGUUACUAGACUUCUUCGUGUACCUACAUUGGUCAAAGAUGAAAGUUCAACUGAUGUUUUUGAAACAUCAGGAUUGGUAGCACAACAAGGAAGAGGAGGAGGUCGGAGCAACCAUGGAGGAUGUGGUGGUCGAAGUGGGUGUCCUCAAUGCUCAUAUUGUAAUAGAAUGGGUCAUACCCAAGAUAGGUGUUAUUCCUUAUAUGGUUUUCCUGAUAAAGCUGCUCAUGUGUCCAAGCCUGAUCAUUUAGAAUCUAGAAUUUCUGAUGAAGAGUACCAAGAAUUUUUGAGGUACAAAUAUGAGAAAUUCAACAAUCCUGGCCAAUCCUCUUCAAUGUCAACUGCAUGCAUCUCAAUCUGUGGAAGGUCUUAGUCCAUGGAUUCUUGAUUCAGGUGCCUCAGAUCAUGUAUCUGGUAACAUUUCUUCAUUUUCCUCCAUUUCCUCUCCCCAAAUUCCUCAUUUUAUUAUUGUUGCAAGUGGAUCCAAAGUGGCCUCUCAAGUAAUUGGCAAAGUUUCUUUAUCCCCUUCACUAAAUUUAAAUUCUGUUUUGUACAUUCCUCAUUGUCCUUACAAUUUAAUCUCUUUGAGUCAAUUGACUCAUUCCUUAAAUUGUUCUGUAACCUUUACUACUAAUUCCUUUGCUAUACAACAACAUGGUACGGGUCUCUGAUUGGGUCACCUUGUUUCCUCAGUAUUGGUCACCCUUUGCUAUACACCACAGAGACUUUAUUUCCUAAAACCAUUCCCUCAGUAUCUUGUUUUGCAACUUCAUCCCCAAAACUUUUGCAUGAUGGUUUGGGUCACCCAAGUUUGUCCAAGUUGAAGAUGAUGCUUCCAAGUCUCAAACACAUUCAAGCCUUAGAUUGUGAAUCGUGUUAGUUAGGAAAGCAUGUUAGAUCUUCCUUCCCUAGAAGGUCUAAGACACGAUGUAAUUUUGUUUUUUCUACUGAAUUCUGAUGUUUGGGGACCAAGUUGUGUCACUUCUUUUGGUUUUAACUAUUUUGUAACUGUUAGAAUUAUUACCUAUACCUAUUGUAUCAUUAACCCUAUGUGUAGGGGGUUGAGUGUGGGAAACUACCUACUGCCAUAUCUACUGUUGCAUGUAAUCAUGCCUAGUAUCUUAGAGUAGUCUUUUCAUAUCUUUUCAUAUGUACGUGCUUGCUUCAUUAUAAAUAGAAGAGGAAGAGAGUGGUACUGUAGUCCACUACUCAUAUUUUAAAGUCUCAGUCUCAAGUUGGUAUCAGAGCGGGUCGAUCCCGCUCUGGUUUCCCUCUGGUCUGUCCAUUGGCACUUGUUGCCAUCGUCCGCGGCUGUCCGCCGCUAUUCGUCACUGUUAAUCACCGUCUGCAGCUGUUCACUGCCAUAAAACACUAUCCAAAGCUACCCACUGUCACUGUUCACAAAACCGUCGCUGUCUGCCACUGUUCCGCCGCAGUCCGCCACUGUUCGCCGCCGGCCGCCGUCUCCGGCCACCUCAGUUUUCGCCGGCGACCACUGGAUCUGGAGCGCCUCUCCGAGCGACAGCCAACCCCACCGGUGCCGGAACCAGCCUCCCGUCGACGCGCCGCCACGCGCCGCUUCUCUCUCCGCUGCGAACAGGCGCGUGCAGCCCACGCGCCGCCUUCUGCUGCUCGGAACCUCACGGCGCCACCUCCGUAGCUCUCGCCGGAGUCUUCUGCUGCUGUUCCAACCCUCAAAACUCCGAUUCAGUGAGGUCCAGACGUCACCCUUGCGGACAUCUCCCUCGGUCGUUUAAAAAAUCUCCACUGUUUUUUGCGUUUCUGUGUUUCUGCUCUCUGUUUUUUUGUUCCCUUGAUCAGAAAUGGCCUCUGGAAGUGUUAUUUCAUUCUCUGGAAGUCCUUCCAUUACUUCCGAGAAGCUAGAUGGACAAAAUUACCUCUCUUGGUCCGUUGCUGUCGAGAUGUGGUUCCUUGGUCAAGGACAUCAUGACCACCUUGAGAAAGACGGAAGCCAUGUGCCUCGAGAAAAAGCCGAACAGUGGAAGCAAGCAGAUUUUCAAUUGUGUGCCUUGUUGUGGCAAUCCGUGGAGCCGAGACUAUUAAUGUCUCUUAGGGCAUUCAAAACAUGUCACUCGUUUUGGAAGAGGACUCAGAAUAUCUAUGCCAACGAUAUCCAACGCCUAUAUGAUUCGGCGGACAAGUUGGCAUCUCUGAAAAUGACCAAUCAUGACAUGAUCUCCUUCAUGAAUGAAGCACAAUCAGCCGUGGAAGACCUGCGGAUGUUUCUCGAAGUCGACGCUUCAGAUGAAAUGAAGAAGAAGCUGGACAAAUACUAUAUGGUGAUGAUUCUUCGCGCCAUUCAUCCAGACUUCAAUCACAUUAGAGAUCAACUGUUGACCUCUCAUGAGGUCCCUUCCAUGGACACCCUGAUCCAGCGUAUGAUUCGUGUCCCGAAAGUCCCAACACUUGAAAUUCAAGAAUCUCAUGCUCGAGUAGAUUCAUCUGUUAUGGCCGCUACUCGAGGAAGAGGAGGACGUGGACCUAGAGGAGGUGGACGUGGAGGCCGUGGACGUCCUCAAUGCACGUAUUGCAAGAGGAUGGGUCACACUCAAGAAAACUGUUACUCCUUACAUGGAUUUCCUGCCAAAACAGCCAAUGUCUCCCAGGCAGAGACUACUGACUCCAAGUUCACUGAGGACGAGUAUCAAGAGUACCUACGCCUCAAAUCCAACAGCUUGGCACAGUCAUCUCAAGCUCCAAGUACAUCAACUGUUUGUAUCUCCCAAUCCAUGGAAGGUCACAAUUCAUGGGUAAUUGACUCUGGUGCUUCUGAUCACAUUUCUGGAGCGUGGCUCGGGGAGACGGAUUGGAGAAGGAUAUGAAGCGGGCGGAUUAUACCAUUUUGGAUCUCGUCCACGUGUGUCAUGUGUUGCAGCCCCCAAUCCUAAAAUGUUACAUGAUCGGCUUGGUCACCCUCACCUGUCCAAGUUAAAGAAAAUGUUUCC